AUGAGAAAUGUAUUUGUGAUCUUAGCACUUAUGUUUUGUGUUGCCAAUACAAUAGAUAUGGGAGAAGAACUCAUGAAAAGAGAAAUAUUAACUAAAAUAGUUGAGUAUGCUGGCAUAGAAAUGCCUCAUGAAUUACAUUUACUUUGUUUGCCUUGCAAAUUAAUGAUGAAGUAAGUUCAAAAGUUUUCAUCAACAAUUCUCUUAUCGAUUAUUCGUAAAGAAUGGACUUUACUUUGUCCCAAAUUCAAAGAUCCAGCUUUUUGUGAAGGAAUAAAUUAAACAUUUAUUGAUUAAUUCUCUGUGCAUUUUUUCAACAACUACUUGUCCCCUUCAAAUGCAUGUUAGAAUCUAGGAGCUUGCAAAUUACAGCAAGAAAGAUAAACAAUUCAAGAUUAUAUUAAUGAAGUUAUGCAAGACAAGCUCUCAAAAGAAGAACAAAGGUAAUGGUAAGUGUUGGCAGAAGAAAACGUAAUAAAUCAAGAAGAUUUUACAGUCGCAUAAUUCGCAGAUCUACAUAUUGAUGUUGAAUAUUCGGUUGGAGCUAAUGCAUUUUGUGGAGCUCCAUUUUGUUGCAGAGAAGAGAAUGGAAAACCAAAGGAUCCAAGCAAAGGAGCUUAAUAUUGGGGAACAUAUGCAGAUUGCGAUUUACCAUUUAGAACAGUUUAAGAUCUCAUAAAAUUUACAGGGGAGAAAGUAAAGCCUGAUUUCAUCAUAUGGACAGGAGAUAGUACGUCACAUGACAUCUGGCACUAAUAGAAAUGGAAUCAAACAUUACCUACAAAAAUGAUUACUGAAGAAAUCAAGAAGCAAAUACCAAAUUCAUAAUUGUAUGCGAUUUAUGGAAAUCAUGAAGGUUACCCAGCUGAUCAAUAUGAUAUGAUAGGAGAAGCGACAUAAUGGUUAAGAGAUGAAGUGGCUGAUAUGUGGAAAGAAUACCUAUCACAAGAAUCAUACUAUUAAUUAAGAAGAAAUGGCUACUAUUCUUAAGUAGAGGAAUCAAGAAAUCUCAAAUUCAUUGCCUUGAAUUCUUAAGCUUGUGAUUUACUCAACUUCCAUUUAAUGGAUGGCAUCACAGAUCCAAGAGGAAUGCUCAAAUGGCUCAUAUCUGAACUCAAAGAUUCAGAAGCCAAACAUUAAUUUGCUGUGAUCUUCGCUCAUAUCCCACCUGGAGAUACUUUUUGUAAUUCCUAAUGGGGUGAUAGAUUCAGUGUCGUCAUUGAGAGAUUUGAACAUGUAGUUACUGGAAUCUUUUAUGGACAUACUCAUUAAGAUCAUGUUUAGCAUAUUAGAUCUAAAAUUGAUGGCAGAUAUGUAAAGACUUUGUUUAUUGCUCCUUCUGGAACUACAUUUUCAUACUAAAAUCCAUCAUUUAGAGUCUUUUAAUUUGAUGGCAAGAAUGAUCAAGUUAAAGAUUAUGUUUAAUACAGAUUAGAUCUAGCCAAGGCAAAUAAAGAUGGCCAAAAUGCUAUUUUGAAUUGGGAAGUAGCAUAUCACUUUUUAGAUUAUUAUGGGUUAGAAAGUGCUUCCUUAGUUCACGUUUCGUCUCUCCCCUAUAGAUUAGCACAUGAUGAUGAAUUAUUGAAGAAGUAUAUCUACAGUUAUUCUACAGGAAGUGAUAUCUUAUAUAAGAAACAUCUUAAAAAUCUCAAAAAUUUAUUCCUUAAAAAAAGUACUAAGAGUUUUUUCAUUUGUGGAGCAGAAACUUCAACAUUAGAUGAUUGGUACGAUUGCAUUGGGUUCUUUGAGAAAUUUAAGGAAUCCUCAUUCCUUACUUUUAAAUUAUUAGAAUAAUUUAUUGGUAAAUGGCUUAAAGAAUGA